AUGAAGCACAGUGAGGUUCUCAAUGCUGCUUCACAUGGUGCAUCUGCGGCCAUCAUCUAUAACGAUCCUGCAGAGUAUGCACCGGAGGGAACCGGCAACAACACUUUCCCUCACUCUUGGUGGCUUCCUGACUCUGGGGCCCAGCGUGGAGCAGCAAGAAACGCAACGGGGCUUGGUGACCCACUCACCCCAGGUUUUCCCUCUGUGGAUGGUAUUUACCGAGAGGUACUUAAUAACAAUGGUUCUUCGCCAAUCCCUGCCAUUGUGCUAUCCUACGGGGAUGCGCAGGAGAUACUGCGUCGCAUGAAAGGUCUUAAAGCACCAAAGAGUUGGCAAGGAGGUUUGCAGUUAACUUACUAUAUCGGACCUGGAUUUAAAGACAAAAGCCUCACUUUGCGUGUGGAUGUCAACAGCAGCUUGGAAUUCAAAACCAUUUACAAUGUGAUCGGCCAGAUUAGGGGCGCAGAAGAACCCGACCGUUAUGUACUCCUGGGAAAUCAUCGAGACGCCUGGGUAUUUGGUGCUGCCGAUCCUGUUAGUGGUACGGCUGUGUUGAUGGAACUAUCACGUGGUUUAGGAGAGUUGAUUAAAAAAGGAUGGAGGCCACGCCGGACAAUAAUGCUGUGCAGCUGGGAUGCAGAAGAAAUUGGUGCUGUUGGAUCAACGGAAUGGGUCGAGGAAAAUACUCAAAUUCUUCAAAAUCGCGCUGUUGCUUACCUUAACAUAGACCAGGCUGUUAAUGGUAAUUUCAGUCUUAAUGUCGAUGCCAGUCCUUUACUCAAACAUUUGGCAUUACAGUUGACGCAGGAAAUUUGUGAUCCAACAGUUCCAGAUACUUGCAAAAGUAUGUACGAAGUCAUGUUGGAGAGAGAUUUAACUAAACAUGUUAAUGGCCGCGCAGUAUGUAACGAUUUGUCAUUUGGUAGUGAUUAUGGAGCGUUUUACCACUUCCUUGGGAUUCCCUGCGCAGAUUGGUCUUAUAUCUUUGGAGGACGAUACAACAUCAGGAGAGCGUAUCCCGUUUAUCACUCCGUGCACGACACGUUUUACUGGAUGAAAACUUUUGUUGAUCCUGAAUUUCAAACUCAUCUGGCCGUGACAAAAUUUGCAGGGGCAUUUCUUCUCAAACUUUCCGACUCUGAACUGUUACCUCUCAACACAACCAGUUACGGAGAAUUCUUAAAAUCAAAAGCAGUUUCCUUGGAAAAGAAUGCUACUCUAAGGGCGCAUAACAUCAGCACGGUUUCUUUUUCUCGCGCAGUGAGGAGAUUUGCAAAAGUUUCGCGUCAGUUUGAAAGAGGCAAGUUAAAUGAGAAACCAGAGAACUACCGCAUCCUGAACGAUCAAAUGAUGCAAGUGGAAAAAGCUUUUAUACAAACUGUAGAAGAAAACGACUGGAAACUUUCCAGACAUGUAAUACAUGGCCUCAACAUCGAUGAUCUGUACGAUAACUUGUAUUUUCCGCGUGUACAUUAUGCCAUGAUCAAGGCGGAAAAAACAGGAGAUUGGAAAUUGGUGGAAAAAGAGAUAUCUUUGCUGACAUAUGCCAUUACUUCUGCUGCAAAUGUUCUGAAACCCAUAUAA